ACACAACAGAGGCUGGUAAUUUCGUUUGAAUCAAAACGCAACUCUGACUCUUAAGUCUAAAGAUUCCUUCUUUCUUCAAAUCACACGAUUCUGCUACUUAUCAAAUCUGUGAAGAACGUAUCCGAUCGAAGCUCAUGGGUGUUUCGGAAUACUCGGUUUGAUCCGAUUUUCCAAACCUUAGGUCAUUGCCUAUUCAUUUGAAUUCUCCACAUCUUGCCGUCCAGUCGUUCGAUGAUAUUCCUCUGUGAAGCAAAAUCUCGUUCUUCUCCAGUUACCGGAUUAUUCCUCCUGGGCUUAGCUUGAAGUUUCUUAAAUGCACUCAGGUUUACUAUAGGAGAAGAGGCUUUUUUUCAGAUGCCAAGUUAAUGAAUUUAUAGUGGAUCAUCAGGUCUCGGAGAAUAGGAAAUGGCAUUUCGCUUGACACAUCUGCGAAAACCUCUUGCUUAUGCUCGGUCCUUCAAUGCCUGCUUUCCGUUUUUUCGGUCAAUCUCUUCCUUUGAAGCGGUUGAAAAGGCGAUAAAAUGUGCUGUUGAGACAAAGGAGUAUCUUAGAAUCCCUGAACUUGUUGUUUCACUCAAAGAGCCCUACCAGAACUCAAUGUUAUUCUCUUUUCUCUCUGCUUUCCAACAUCAGCAUAGAAUCCGAGUCAUUGACGAAAUCCUCCAAAGUUUUGUUCCCGUGAGACCUCGUUCACUGCCCAAGAUUGUCUACUCCAGUCUUCUUACUUACUGCCUUCAGAGUUCCGAUCCUCUUCCUUUGUCUUUCGCAAUCCUCCAACGCACUCUUCGGUCUGGCUGUCUUCCUAAUCCUCAGACUCAACUCCUUCUGUCUGAUGCUUGGCUUGAACGGCGACGAGGAUCCCAGUCUGUUGCUGAUAUUAUUAAUGAGAUGAAAUUGAUUGGAUACAGUCCUGAUACUGGAACCUGCAAUUAUUUAGUGUCCUCUCUGUGUGCUGUUGAUAAGUUGGAUGAGGCCAUUAAAGUUGUGGAGGAAAUGGGUGCAGCUGGCUGUAUUCCUGAUGUGGAAAGCUAUGGGGCGGUGAUUAAUUCAUUGUGUUUGGCUAGAAAGACUAACGAUGUGGUGAAGAUUGUCAAAGAGAUGGUGAGCAAAGCUGGAAUUUCUCCACGGAAAGGGAUGCUGACAAAAGUAGCAGCAGCUCUGAGAGCCAACAGGGAAAUUUGGAAAGCCAUUGAGAUGAUCGAGUUUGUAGAAAGUCGGGAUUACCCUGUGGAGUUUGAGAGUUAUGAGGUGGUAGUCGAGGGUUGCCUGGAGGUUAGGGAAUACAUUUUGGCAGGGAAGAUGGUGAUGAGAAUGACUGAUAGAGGGUUCAUACCAUAUAUCAAGGUUAGGCAAAAAGUGGUGGAGCGUCUGAUUAGCAUCGGUGAAUGGAAGCUUGCUUGUACUGUUAGACAAAGGCUUUCGGAACUGAGGUCUUAGGUAUUUCUCAGAUACGUGUUAAGAUUUUUUGUAAGAAUAGCUGCUGUAGUUACGACCCUGGAAUGAAACUCACAACCCGAACUUGGGAAUAUUUUUGUUGCUUCUGGUUAAACAUAUAUAUCUUUUUAUAGCAGUGAUCCGUUUGUCCCCA